CAGUAGUUUUUUUUUGAAAAUCGCAUGUGUUAUUUAAGUUAAAUAUUAAUUGGAUAGUUUUUGUUUGAAGAAUGUGUUUAUUAUUGGAAGAAGUUUGAGAAAAAACACUUGAUCCUGGGUGUUGUUUCGUCAAGUAAACAAAUAAAGAAACUGUUGCUGCGCGAAUAACUACGGCAAACAAUAAAAGUGCUAAUAUAAGAAGAACAACAGCAAUGCCAAAUCGACGCCAAAUUUCUUCCAUGUGCAAGUAAAGGGAAAUCGUUCGAAAUUGGUUGUUUUGUUUGGACAAGGACUCGUACGAAAAGGAAAUCUUCAAUUGGAGAGUUAAUGUUUUUCCUGACGAGUUUAUUUCGAAUGGAAACAGAUUCAGCAAUGAAAGUGGGGACGCCGUAGUCUUCCAGUUGCCAUCGUGCUUUUGUGUUGAACGCAGUGCUAUCAGCGCAGGUCGCAUUUACGCAUUCAUUCAAAAAUUCAAACAAAUCACAUUCAAAAUGGUGUCUGUUUCGAGGCUAUCGAUAAUCAAAUUUCUAGAACUUGCGGUAGUAAUCAUUCUCCUGCUGUUGCAUUGUUAUUCGGAUGAUCUUGGAUUCAAACAGCAUAUUCGCUUUUUAACAAUGGGCACCAUUGGAGGCUAUCUUAUUAUUUUAAUUGGAUUGUUCGCUGGAGGUGUUAUGAGCACCCCAGUCAACCGCCGAGUGGAUCUAUUCUACAGUAUUAUCGGAUGUGCACUUUUCAUUGUGAUUGGAAUUCUCAACAUAAAUGCAUUUUCUGAUACCUUUGGCUUCAGCAAAUCUCACAAAGAUACAGGAAUCGCUAAAGGAUCAAUGGCCAUCGUCGAAGGAGUAUUGUUCCUCCUGGAUGCGUUCCUUACAUUUAGAGGAGAAGCUUAAAAAAUUUUUUCAUUUCUCACAAGGGACUGCUCGAGACUAUUUAAUAAAAAAAAAAGAAAAUCGCCAAGCUCUUUUAGAGUUGCGAAAUACACUGAAAAAAAUUAUAUAAUUAAAAAUUAAAUCAGGAACUUGACUAUUAUCAAAUAAAACAUUAUUAAAAUAAUAUAUUAUUUUAGAAUAUUAUUCAAAAAAUAUUAUAUUAAAACAUUAAAGAAUAUAUUAUUAAAUAAAUAUAAAAGAAUAUAUUAUUAUUCUUAAAACAUUAUUCAAACAGAAUAUUAUUGUUCAAAGAAUAAAUUGUGUUCGAGCCAAUAAUUUCUGUUCUUGAAAUUAAUUAAUUAAUCCUGAACUUCGAUAAUAAUUUAUAAAACCGACAAUAGAAAGCAUAGAAAUAAAUAUUUGUUUCAUAUUUAAAUAUUAAUUUGGUAUAUUUAUUUAAAUAAAUAUUUAUUUGCUAAUAGUCAAAAGAAUCUAUCAUUUGAUUAAAAUAUUUUCAUUGCACUCCUGUAUAAAGUGUGCCAUUAAGUUCAACUCUACAUUAUGUUAAAAAAAAAUGUAAAUUAUAUUUAUUAAUUUUGCUACAAUGAAAAGAAGACUUAAUAUACUUCGUUCUAUUGUCUUUGUUUACAGACACAAAAACAAAAUUUAUUAUUCAAAAUUGUGCCUAGGAAAAACUUUCCAAUUUUUCGACCUAUUAAAAAUUGAAUUUUAUAUUAAUGUGUGUAAAAUUCAAUUAAAUUUAUAAUUAUGCACAAAUAUUUUUUUCUACACAUGUUAAAUUAAAUGAAAUAUUUAUUAUAUUUUUCUAUAAUAAUUCUUAAUUGUUAAGAAUAAUUACCUGAGACAUAAUGUGUCAAAAGUACAAAAUACUCAGAAAAGAAAAAUAAAGAAUGCCUUAUUAAUGAGAGUCCCUUUUAAUUAAAUUUAAGAAUUUAAAAUAAAAUUUACGUUUAUUUAGGCUAAUUUCACGAAUUCAUUUGUCAUUUAUGAUCAAAGUGUAACUUUUCUUGUGCGAAAGUUUAAUUAUGCCUCUGCAAAAUAUCAUCCAGUCAAAUAACUGUUUCUAUAAUAAAUGUUACGCUUAACAAUUCUGUUUACAAAGCAGAAUUUUUCUUUUCUUUUACUACGCAUAAUAAACAAAUAUAUAAAUGUGUGUAGAAAUAGAAGAUAGAUUUAGCUUAUGACUGUUAUAUCCAUUACAAAUCGUGAAAUUUAUUUAUCUUAUUUAUAAAUAUUUUGUAACGUUGUUAAUUUUAAGAAAAUUAAAAUAUUUAA